AUACAGUUUCCUAGACAACAUAUAUCGCCUGUCGAGGUGCCCUAUGAUUCUAAUCGAUAUGAAUUUAAUCGAAAUGCUUUAGGUGAAUGUUUUGCUUCUCAAUUUAAGCCACAGAAAAAGUCAUCGUUUGAAUUUUGUUACAUUAUCACAGUUCGAGUUACGGUAUCACAAUUUCAAAAAUGCAGCGUGAAGAAAAACAAAUGGAAAUGACACUAGAUGCCAUCUUAAGUAGGCUAAAUGACUUAAAAAUGUCCAUUGGUGGGAUGAUACAGAAGCUUGAGACUGAGUAUGAAAUAAUUAACUGGCCAACUUUUCUUGACAAUUUCGCUAUAAUAUCAAGUCAUUUGACAGGGUUAUCGAAAAUCCUCGCUAAAGAAGUUUGUCCACCGCUGCGUAAUCGGACUGUUCUUCCAUUAAUGCUAUCACAAGACCGUGACGAGUCGUUGAUAAAUCUUACACAGGGACGUGUUCCUGUAUUUUCACAUGAUAUAGUACCGGAUUAUUUGCGUACGAAACCGGACCCACUUACUGAACAAAAGUUAAUUCAAGGGGAACAAAAAGCUGCGAAUCUAACCGCAGAAGCUGCCAUGAAACAGGUUACACAAUACAAUAAAGUCGUAUCUCACGUACUAGAUAUGGUGUGUAAAGCUCGAGAGGAAUGGGAGAUUGAAUCAUCCACCAGAGCAGGAAUUCAACAAACAAGCAGUAUGACAGAUACUCAUGCGUUGGUAUCUGCCGUUGGAAUGGGCAAAGGUUUAAAAGCAAAUGUUUCAUUAAAUGUAGCAACAGGUCCAACCAAUAUGAUGGUACCCCCACUGCGCGCUUCUGCACCUAUGACUUCUGUCAGCCCAAGUGGAGUCGGUCAAAUAAACAAAGCUCCCUCAGGCAUUAAGACAAAUAUCAAGCCGGCCAUGCAAGUUCAUCAAUUUUCACGAUAGUUAAUUAAGUACUUAAGACUUAAGGAUAAACAUAUGAAGAUUGUAUAAAACCGAUAUGUGUAAGCUAAUACGAGUACUAACCAUAACGGGUCAACUCCGGUAACGUAAAAUCGGCUAUUGUGGGAACAACAACUAUAUUUAGGUUUAAACUUUCCCUAGUAUUUAUAUAUGGUUGUUGAAAUCGAAAUCAAUACUGUGGUUAGGUAAACUCUGUUUCGUAAAACAAUUAUAAUAUUGGCAACCUAUUCCAACACACUCAAAAUUAUAUUUCAAAGCGCUUAAAAAAUAAAUGUAUUUCUGUUUUAAUUCAUUUUUGUGAAUAUUUUUCUGUCCAAAUUUUGAUCCAAAUAACAAUACAAAAACAAAAAAAAACCAUAUAUUUUAAAAUAUUUAUUUUUUUGAAAACGGUUCCUGGCAUUCUCUCUACGUAUACGGCAAAGUAAUACAUAUAACCUACUGGAACUUGAUUGUCAUGGCUUUUUACACUACCCGGGUUGACGAUAAUGGUAAUGAAAUAGAACGUCGCCAUUCGGCGCGUAGCUUGGCGAUUUCCUUGAGUGCUAGCAGCACCAGCACUAACACGUCUCGCGUCAAUUUGAGUUCUCGAAGUUGCGAGACGAAGGCUAGCGUAAGACACAUAAAUCCUGCAGCUUUUAUUGAAAAAACACCAGAUCAAAGUGAGACUAGUAGUAUAAACGAUGAAAGUAAACUACAACCACCAUCAGAAAAUCAGAGCGAUAUUGUGCCACCUUUGGAUUUACAGUCUGAAGAUAACUAUCCUACUACACGUGACUACACCUUCUCUUAUCGCAAACACUGCGAAGCAGCUAAAAUUGUUUUAAAACCAGACUUAGCCUAUGAAACAUGGUUAUCUGCCAAAAGGAAGCUUAUUUCUGAUGAAGCUGCGCGACGCCGGAAAUCAGAAGAGCAGAAACGCAAAGAACAAGAAGCAAGAAAACGUCUUUCAGAAGAAAAGUUUCAACAGUGGUUGAAAACAAAAUCAAGACAAACUCGUUCUCAUGAAAUAAUCAAAACACAUGUUGAACUGGAAGAAAAACCAUCAAAAUCUCAAAUUAUCGAUGAAGAAGCACAAGCUAAACUGGAGGCUUGGGAACGCACAAAACAAAUAGAGGAGGAACAACGUCGUAAUAUUAAGAAGAAAGAAGAAGAACGACGUCGGGUUAUGGAAGAACAGCGACGGCAAAUGGCCGCGGAAGCAUGGAAGAAAUGGUUAGCUGAGGUGGAUAAGAAGCCUCGACCGGUGCCGCUUAAUCGAGGGAUAUUCACGUUACGUGGGACUAUAUCCGAUAUUUUCGUUAACCCGAACGAGUGGCAAAGUACAAUUCCAAUAGAGGAAGACUGAUACUUUGUAUUGAAAUAUCACAGGUUUUAUUUAAUUAAUUUGUAAUUCAAUAGUGUUUAUAUAUCAACUUUAAUGAAAUACUUGGAAACUGAAAUGUUCUAGAGUUACAAAAUUUUGCGAUGUGGUAUUAUAUAUAUAUAUUCACUUAUAAAUUGCAUAUCGUACAUUUGGACGGACUGUACGGAUUUUAUCAGAGAAAGUAAAUGUAUUAUUUCCUCAUGCAUUUUCCGUAUUAUAAUAUUCGAACUAACUAUUUUUUUUGUUCCGUCGCUAUAGAAAUUAAAGCCAUUUGUAUUUUUUAGGAAAAUAAAAAGGAACAAUAACGUAUAGCAAAGAUUAAGGUAAUUAAGAAUUGUUUAUCUACAUAAAUAAAAUAUGAAACAUUA